AACAUUUGAGCCUUUUAGGUUUUUCCACAGCCCCAGCCAGCCUAAAGCAACACACAGAUCGAUCGAUCGGUCAGCGAACGAAGAAGACAACACUGAAUCGAAAUCAAAAAUGGCGAAAGAAGACGAGAAACCGUAUUCAGAAAUAGACGAAGAAGAAGAAGAAGAAGCGGAAGAGGAAGACGAAGAGGAAGAUUUCGAUGAAGAAGAAGAAGAAGCAGUAGUCACACCGGAAUCUAAAAUGCGAGCAGAAAGAGCUCGAAUGGAGGGAGUAUUCCACCGGAUAUCAUCAGAGCGAGUUCCGUUACGAGUCCACGAUGUGCUGAUUAAAGGAAACAAGAAGACGAAAGAAUCGGUAAUCGAAGCUGAAAUUCAAGCCCUAAAAACCGCUACAUCUGUUCAGGAGCUGCUUCAGGCGGCUACGAUUGCGAAUGCGAGGCUUCAGAAGCUUGAUAUCUUUGAUUCGGUUAAUAUUACGCUUGAUUCUGGUCCGCCUGAAUUGCCUGGGACUUCUAAUGUGGUUGUUCAAGUUGUGGAGGCUAAAAACCCUCUCACUGGUGAUAUCGGUGUUUUUACUAAGCCGGAGGCUAGAUCUUGGUCUCUUGAGGGAUCACUAAAGUUCAAAAACUUGUUUGGUUACGGUGAUCUUUGGGACGGUUCGUUAUCUUACGGGUGGGACCAAACAUCAGAAAUUAGCGCUGGUGUAUCUUUACCAAGAUUCAUGAGAUUAAUCACUCCUGUAAUGGCACGCGUGUCUCUACUUUCUCAAGACUGGCUGAAAUUCUCCUCAUACAAAGAGCAAUCACUGGGCCUAUCUUUGGGCCUACUGUCUACCAAGAACCAUGACCUGGCAUAUAAUCUUUCUUGGCGCACCUUGACUGAUCCGUCACAACUGGCUUCUAGGUCGAUACGGAGGCAGCUUGGACAUGGUUUAUUAUCACAUCUGAAGUACACGUUUAAGAUUGAUAAACGGAACUCACCGCUUCGACCAACUAAAGGGUUUGCCUUUGUUUCUGCUUCUCAAGUUGGUGGUCUUUUUCCUGAUUAUCGAAGCUUGCGUUUUAUCCGCCAGGAAUUUGACCUCCGUUAUGCUUUACCCUUGGGUUUUGCACGUGCUGCACUAAACUUUGGAGUUGCUGGUGGUGUUAUUUUCCCAUGGGGAAGUGACUUCAAAAACAGACCUACGUCCUUACCUGAUAGGUUCUUCUUGGGUGGGAACUCUUCUCCUGUUUGCACAUUGGGAGGGCCCACAUCGUUAUUGGGCUUCAAGACUAGAGGAUUGGGCCCAAGUGAGCCCAAAAGGGAAGUCAAAACAAACUCUGAAGAUGCAAGUUCUGAUACUACUUCUGAAAGAGAUUUUCUUGGUGGAGAUCUAGCAGUUACUGCUUUUGCUGAUCUUUCCUUUGAUCUCCCGUUGAAGGUGCUGAGAGAUUCCAAUAUUCAUGCACAUGCAUUUGCUUGUGCUGGAAGUCUUACCAAAUUAACCGAGAAUUCAUUUCGAGAUUUUUCUUUCCAAAAGUACAAAGAUUCGUUCCGUAGCUCCGCAGGCUUUGGGCUUAUUGUACCAACUAAAUUGUUUCGCAUGGAGGUCAACUACUGCUACAUACUGAGACAACAUGAGAAUGAUCGAGCCAAGACUGGUGUGCAGUUUAGCUUUUCUUCACCUAUAUAGAACCAUGGUUCAAUCCAAGGCUACUGAUAUGGAGUUGACCGGACCCACAUUAUCCAAACGUCACGAUUCCUGGGCAGUUCUUGAGUUUUUGUAAUUUUUAAAUGUCUAGACCAAUUCGCGAUGCACGAAAAUACAGAUAAAUAAUAACGCCUCAACUUCGGUUAUAUAACAUGCUGCUUUGCUUAAAGAUCGACUGAAAUUGCCGAAUCUUGACCAUGCGGUCAACAUUAUUUUUUGACUGAACCAUGUUAUUUGUCGUGAACAGUUUCUUCUUUGGCCGGUCUUUUCUCUUUGAGAUUUCAUUGUUAUUGCUUCUUUCCGGUUGGAAUCUUUGGUCAACUGUUUUUGCAACAUAUCGAACUUAACAUAAAUUUACCACCAGAAUUUGGUCUUCAAA